AUGGAAAAAGAGAAUCCUGCAAAUAACAGUCCUCCUCACAUAGCCUCCACCCCUCCACCACAAAAUACAAGUACUGAUCUUAUCUCUAUCAAUGCAACAGCCCAAUUGCCUCUUAAAUUAACCCAUUUAAAUUAUCCGUCAUGGCGCGCACAAUUUAAUGCACUCCUCUUCGGCUACGAUCUGAUGGGAUUUGUUGAUGGUAGCAAAUCGUGUCCACCCUCAACAAUUAUGAAUGACGGGAAGCCCACACCAAAUCCAGAUUUUGCUCUUUGGGUGCGUCAAGAUCAACUACUGUUGCAUGCUAUAAUAGCAUCAACAUCAGAGAAUAUCAUGUCCUUCAUUGCCUCAGCCAAGACGUCGCGUGAGGCAUGGCAAAAGCUUGCUCAUCUAUAUGCCAACAAGUCUCGCUCUCGAGUCAUGUCUCUUAAAGAUCGUCUCUCUUCUCUCUCGCGAGGUACAAAAUCUGUCUCUGAAUAUCUUCAACUUAUCAAGACAACAGCUGAUGAGCUAGCUAUAGUGGAUUCUCCACUUGAUGAUAUUGAUCUUGUCAUUUAUACACUUAACGGACUAGGUCCAGAAUUUAAAGAAAUCUCAGCUGCUAUGAAAGCACGAGAGAAUCCAAUUACUUUUGAAGAACUGUAUGAUAAACUAAUAGACUAUGAAAAUUUUUUGAAGAAAGAAGAAAUGUCACAUGAUGCAACAGUCCUCACAGCAAAUUUCACUAGACGAUCCAAUGGCCAAGGUACCAAUUCUCUUGGCCGCAACUAUAAUCGACAAAAUCCAAGAUCCAACAAUGGUCAACGCAACAACAAUCAACAUGGACCCUCUCGGCCACCCAACUUCUAUCGAAAAGCUGAAUCUCCUCCAUCCCAUACGACGCGACGACGAGGCACCGACCAACUGUCUACCAAUGUUACAUGUCAAUAUUGUGAUCGUCCAGGACAUACGGCAAAGAAGUGUUACAAACUGCAUCCACCUUCUGAACCCAUGGUGAACUUUACAUCAUCCAACCGACUUGCUGCUCAAGAUUGGUUGAUGGACUCGGCUGCAACGCAUCAUGUAACUAAUAAUAUGCAGAAUCUCUCACUUCACUCGGAGUAUCAUGGUCCAGACGAGAUAGUAGUGGGUGAUGGGUCAGGAUCUGAGCUCGGGGGCGCCUCUCAUGCACGGUCCUAAUGACAAUGACAUCUACCGAUUCUCUCAGACGACUAGUGCUUCGCCGGUUGCAUUUACAAGCAUCAAAACUUCUAUGAACGAGUGGCAUAGACGACUUGGGCAUCCCUCUUCACGUGUUCUUCAUUAUGUCAUCAAGCAAUUUUCUCUUCCUUGUACGUCAAGAUCUAAUUCUAUCGAGAAUUGUG